AUGUAUUAACUUGAAGCUUAUUCAUAUAUAUGGAAAUGUAUGGUCUGUGAACAUAUUAAUGACUAUUUCAUUAAAAAAUGUCCUUAAUGUUAAACCCUUAAAGAAUGUUUUUGUUGUUAAAUGAAUACAAAUUGUAUUGCUUUCUCCUUAUUUUUAGAUGAAUUGAAUCACAUAGAACAAUUCAAUAAUAUAGGAGUUAUUGAAAUAGAAUGCAAUUAAGUUAGAGAAAGACAAGAAAUCAUUAAACUUAAAAUUUCAAAGAUUAGGAUUUCUGAUAUUGAAGGAAAUAAAAACUUUUAAAAACAAUUUAUGAUCAAACCUAUCACUAAUCCUCCUACAUAAAAUUCUUUGUUAAGCUCUAAUACAUAAGAAUAAACUCAUUUAGGAGUUCCAUUUGAAAAAACAUUCUCAUAUUUAGAUGACCUAGAUCUUAUAGUUUUUGAAAAUAGAAUUAAGGCCUAGAUUUAUCUAAAUUAAUGUAUUUAACUAAAUAUACAAUGUCCAAUCAAAAAAUAUAUUGAACUAAAAACUGUUUUUCCCUAACAGAAAUAAUUAUUGAACUUAAAUGAAAUGUUAAAAUCUCUUAAAAUAACAUAAUAAUGUAUUUAUAUAUUCUAAUUAUAUAUUAAGCUUAAUAAUUUGCAUUAGCUUCUGUUGUAAUUGAAUUACUUAAAAGAUCAUAUACCUUUUAAUCAUAAAUGUUACAAUCCUUAUAAUUUCCAAUCCCUGAAGAAGAAUCCAGAAUAUAAGGAUUUCAUAAUUUAAUUAUACUAAAUUUUCAAACUACUUGCUUUUAAGAUUAUUAAUUAAACUUCAAUCCAGAAAUUAUUCAAUUUUCAGCCUAAUUUUACGAUAUAAAUUUAAGAAAGAUCACUCAAAGUUUUUAAACAUUAGUAAAACCAUCCUAAAAUUCGACUAUUAGUGAAUAUUGUACUAAAUAAACAGGCAUCAAAUAAUCUCAAAUUAAUGCUGGUAUUUAACUGUAAUAAGCUAUAAAUUAAUUUUUGGAUUUAUUAAGAGAUUUAGGAAGAAUCUGUAUAAUUACUCAAGGUGACUUUGAUUUGAAUCAUCUUAAAAAAGAAGCUGAAAGAAAAAGAAUUAAACUUGCAAAAUAUUUUACUUAUUAUAUAAAUCUUAAAAAAGGUUUUUUUUAAAUUUAUUAAUUUUUUAGUCUUUCCAAAAUCAUUAAGAAUCAAUAAUUAUUUAAAAGAUCCUUCUUUGAUAGAAAUGUUAGAAUGUUGUGGACUUUCAUUUACAAACCAAAUUUAAAAUGGAAUUGUAAAUUUGAAAAAUGCAACCCUCAUUGUUGAUCAUCUGAUAUGUCAAGAAAACUUUUAAUUUGAUGAAAGAAUGAUAACUUAUACAUAUAAAAAUUGA